AUGUAGUGCUUCCUAAGUAUUUUGUUGGAACCGGGGCAUUCAAAAUUAACCCGAUGCAUUCUUGUUCUUUUUUAAAAGAAUAUUACAGCCUACCAGGGCCGAUUUCUUCUUUGUUCCUCCCUUGCAACAAUGGCUUGCAACACUUUCAGGCCAAAAUGGCAUCAUCAACUAGUGCUAGGCAGAGGCACAUUAAGCGAGUUGGCAAAACCAUGGCAGUUACUGAACAACAUGCAAGCCGACCGCGGGUUGUCGUGACAGGUCUGGGUUUAGUAACCCCUCUUGGACAUGAGCCGGACGUAUUUUAUAACAAUCUUCUUGAUGGCGUCAGUGGCAUAAGUGAGAUAGAGAACUUUGACUGUUCUCAGUUUCCCACGAAAAUUGCUGGAGAGAUCAAGUCUUUUUCCAUAGAUGGUUGGGUCUCGCCAAAGCUUGCUAAAAAGGCCGACAAAUACACGCUGUACUUGCUCACUGCUGCAAAAAAAGCUUUGGCAGAUGGUGGUAUAACAGAUGAAGUGGAUGGCGACUAUGACAAAAAGAAACGUGGGAUUAUAAUUGGCUCUUCGUUAGGAGGGUUCCAUCUUUUCCAAGAAACAAUUGAAACAAUGAGAGAAUCAAUUAAGAAGAUAAAGCCAUUCAGUUUACCCAUCGGAAUAAGCAAUAUGGGCCCUGCUAUACUAGCCAUGGAUCUGGGUUGGAUGGGUCCAAACUACGCACUAUCUGCGGCUUGUGCAACAAGCAACUUUUGUAUACUUAGUGCAGCUGGGCUUAUCACUAGAGGAGAAACGGACAUGAUGCUUUGUGGCGGCUCCGACGCUGCAGUUGUUCAAAUAGCAUUGGGAGGGUUUACGGCAUGCAGAAGUCUUUCUAGAAGGAAUAGCGAUCCACAGAAAGCCUCCCGGCCCUGGGAUAUUGAUCGCGAUGGAUUUGUAAUCGGAGAAGGGGCUGGGGUUUUGCUUCUGGAAGAGUUAGAACAUGCAAAGAGGAGAGGAGCAAAAAUUUAUGCAGAAUUUUUAGGUGGAAGCUUCACUUCUGAUGCUUAUCACAUAACUGACCCUCAUCCUGAUGGGACAGGAAUGAAUCUUUGCAUAAAGAAGGCCUUGGAUCAAGCUGGGGUAGCCAAAGAAGAUGUAAAUUACAUAAACGCAUUUGCUUCGUCUACACAAAAAGGUGAUCAAAGAGAAUACCAAACUCUGAUGGAUCAUUUUGGCCAAAACCCUCAGCUGAGAAUAAACUCUUCAAAAUCCAUGAUUGGUCAUCUACAAGGAGCCUCAGGUGCUGUAGAAGCCAUUGCAACAAUUAAGGCAAUAGAGACGGGAUGGAUUCAUCCAAACAUCAAUCUUGAUAAUCCUGAUGAGGGCUUGGACACAAACAUUUUGGUUGGCCCCAAAAAGGAACAAUUGGACAUUAAGUUGGCACUCUCCAACUCAUUUGGCUAUGGUGGACAGAAUUCAUCCAUCUUAUUUGCGCCAAUCAAGUGAAGUACAUGCUGGUAAACUAUCAAUUUGUAGUCGCUCAAAAGCAAAUUGUAUAGAAGUUAAAUUUAGAUAUUCCACGCCACACCCCCUGUUGAGUUUUUCAGAGAAAAAUAUAGUUUUCCUUAAAAGAAGAAGAAUAAUCAGAAAAACAAAGCAAUAUGGGAGAAGAAGAAGAAGAAGGUUUUCAAUAUAGAAAUUGAACCCAUAUUUUCAUUCCUCAAAA